GGCGGCGGCCCGGGCACAGCGCUCAGCGCAGUCGGCGCGUUAGCAGCAGCCGCGGAGGCACCCCGGCCGUCUCAGCCCGGGCGCUGGUGCAGCCACCUUCCUCCUCCUCGCCUGCUCUGCUCUUCCUCCUCCCUUCGCUCGCACCAUGGCUGAUCAGCUGACCGAAGAACAGAUUGCUGAAUUCAAGGAAGCUUUCUCCCUAUUCGAUAAAGAUGGUGAUGGCACCAUCACAACAAAGGAACUUGGGACCGUCAUGAGGUCACUGGGUCAAAACCCAACAGAAGCUGAAUUGCAGGAUAUGAUCAACGAGGUGGAUGCUGAUGGGAAUGGCACCAUUGACUUCCCAGAAUUUUUGACCAUGAUGGCUAGAAAAAUGAAAGACACAGAUAGUGAAGAGGAAAUCCGUGAGGCAUUCCGAGUCUUUGAUAAGGAUGGAAAUGGUUACAUCAGUGCAGCAGAGCUACGUCACGUUAUGACAAACUUAGGAGAGAAACUAACAGAUGAAGAAGUAGAUGAAAUGAUCAGAGAAGCAGAUAUUGAUGGAGACGGACAAGUCAACUAUGAAGAAUUCGUACAGAUGAUGACUGCAAAAUGAAGACCUGCUUUGAACCACUUUCCCUUCUAGAAGAAUCAAAUUGAAUCUUUUACUUACCUCUUGCAAAAAAAAAAAAAAAAGAAAAAAGAAAAAAGUUCAUUUAUUCAUUCUGUUUCUAUAUA